UGGUGGCAUUUUAUUGUGUUCUUAUUGAGGUAGUGAAGUGCGUGUCCAAACAUGAGAAUUACUUUGGGAUUAGGACUUUGUGUUCUUGCUUUGCAAGUUGCUGCGCAAUUUUCUUUUAAGAAUGUAGAUGAAGUUUUUAAAUGGAAUAAAGUGGAAUUUGAAUAUUUACCGAAAUUAGAAAAUUCUUAUGUUGGACCAUUCCGUUAUUACAUUCCGGAAAAUAAUAAUAUUGGUAGUUUUGGAUACCAUCCAGCUAGUGGAUUGAUGAUAGUGAGCAUUUUCCGAGUAAGACCUGGCAUUCCUACCAAUUUGGCAGCUUUUUGUGUUGGUGAUUACCUACUUGGAUCAAGCCCAAGAGUUUGGGGUUUUCCAAACUAUCAGCUCAAUGAUCUGCACCCAAUAGAUUUCUUAUCUGGCACAGAGGAGGAAAAAGGCAAUAGGGUAUGGAACAAAGCUGAAAACCCUAUUCUAGCUCAAAAAUAUCCUUACAACAAUGUCUUUGGACGCUUCCCAAGUAUUCAACCUUUAUCAAUUUUUGGAAAACCACUUGAAAGAAUUGUUUCAACGUUUCACGUAACAGUGGAUGAAAGAUGCAACAGACUGUUCUUCUUGGAUAAUGGACAAGUACAAUAUUAUAAAAACGCUACCUACGCUAUCCAGAAACCAGCUCUUUGGGUAGUUGAUUUACCAUCAAAUGGAUGUCAUACUCGCAAUUUUCCUAUUCUUAGACGCUCAUUUUUGCCCGAUCAUAUAAUUGCUAAAGGCGCCAAUGGAUUUAUGCAUGUUACCUUGGAUUAUCAAUCAGAUAAUUCAUGUGACGAUCUCUUUGUCUACAUUACAAAUACAUAUUUCAACUACAUGUUGGUUUACGACUACAAGAAUGAUGACUUCUGGACAUUUGACCAUCAAACUUUCCAACCAGUACUGGGAGAGAGUAAUUUGAUUGAUAAUAAUUUAAAUUACCAAGCUAAUUACGGAUUGUUCUCAAUCGCUCUUGGAUUCGCUGAUACUAAUGGUGACCGGACAGCUUUCUACACACCUAUAGCUGGCACAGCUCAAUAUGCUGUAUCCACGAGAGUUCUGAAGGAUAAAUCAAAUUCUCUUAUCAAUUUCAACUCAGAAGAAUUUAGAAUCAUGGGUUACCGUGGAUGUAAUCAUCAAACUUUCAAAACUGUUAUAGAUUACUCUUAUGGAGUGAUGUUCUAUACGGAUCACCAAUCCAAUCAAAUUCGUUGCUGGAAUCUGAAAAAGCCUCUUAAUCCUGACUACAUUGGUGUGGUUCACGAAAUCGAAAACUCCACAACACAGAUGUUGAUAGACUCUUUAGGAUACUUAUGGUUCCAAUCUAGUUCCACUCCCGUUCUAUUUGCGACUGAUACACCCUUGGAUCUUACUCAAGUCACUGCCAGGUUUUUCCGUGUAAGAGUGGCUGAAGCAAUCCGCGGCACAGUUUGUGAAAACAGGGAUUAAAAUCAUGUUUUGUAAUUUUUUUGGCAAUGAAUGGGUAUAGAAUUCUCCGUAAAAUAAGCAUAUACGACAUUCAACAACUCACAUCAGGAAUUGGUCUGUUUAUAAAUAUUAAAUUUUGAAAUAAACAAUAAAUAAAGAAUCUAAGAAAAAAA